AAGUUAAUAAAUUACCACAGGAGGUGAAAGCAUGGAUAGCUUAUAAUCACCACAAGAGAUGAAAGUCUGGAUAGAUGGUUUUAAAAUUUAAAAAAUUAGGGGGAUGCCGGAUGCAUGGUUCAGCUUUGAUUCCUUUGAACAAAGGAACGUGGAAUGAGUCAUUAAUGUGAACAGAAGAGUACUCCUAAUGUUUAAUUGUUUCAGAAAAAAUGUGGAGUAUAGUACUAUUUUAAGUUGUGUGCUUGGGAGUUCUAAAUUGUAGUUAGAUUUAAACUUAGGCCAAAUACCUUCUUAGUUCUUAACGUGUAAGAUUAUUUAACAUGAAUAUAUUUGUUUACUUGUUGAAAUUCCCUCAAAUUUAUAUCACUAUUUUCUUCUUCAAGAUUGAAGUCCACCAUCUCCUAUAAUAUUCUCUCUCAUUUUUGAGUUCUCUAAGCCCAAAACCAUCAUAAUGAAGCAAGCUUGAUUCUAUAAAAUAAAAUAAAAAAGCAAGCUUGGAGCAAUUUAUUAAUCUCUCUGUUCCACUCUCAACAACAGAAGUGACAGAGCUAGUCGGAAGGUGACAGAGCUACUAACUCUAAGAUAGUGAGAAAAUUAUAGCUUCUACAAUCGUUAAAGAUACCGAGUAAAUAGCUAAUUGACAUGAAGGAAGUCGAGACAUGUGGAAAAAGAACUGAAGCUCCUGCAGGGACUUCAACCAAAUAUUUUCCAUCAAUAGAUGAGGAAGUUGUGGGAUUUGAGAAAGAUGCAGAAAGUAUAAUUCAACAAUUGACUGGAGGAACAAAGGGGCUAGAUGUUAUCUCCAUCUUUGGAAUGCCAGGACUGGGUAAAACAACUUUGGCAAGAAAGGUGUACAACAAUCAUUCUAUCGUUAAUCACUUUGAUGUCAAAAUAUGGUGUGCUGUUUCACAAGCAUAUAAUAGGAGGAUGUUGUUGAGUGAGAUUUUUAAACAAGCAACACGUAGCGAGAUCGAUGAAGAUGAUGAUAUAGCUGACAAGCUGCGCAAGAGUCUAAUGGGCAAGAGAUAUCUCAUUGUAUUAGAUGAUAUAUGGGAAAUCGACGCGUGGGAUAAUUUGGGAUUAUGUUUCCCUAGGGGUGAAGAUGGAAGUAGAGUAAUGGUAAUUGAAGAAGUGGCUAAGCAUCUUCAACACCGCGGUGAUCCAUAUUCUCUUAGAUUUCUAACAUUGGAAGUGAGUUAGGAAUUAUUGCAGAAGAAAGUGUUUCGAGGAGAAAGUUGUCCCCCGGAUCUAUUGGAAGCUGGGUUACAAGUUGCCCAACACUGUAAGGGAUUGCCUCUUGUCAUUGUCUUGACUGCUGGAAUUAUUGCGAAAAUGGAAAGGGAGGCGUCCUUGUGGUUCAAGGUUGCAAAAGAUUUAAGUUCUCAAUUUUUAGGAGAGCAGAGUAUGAAGGUAAUACAAUCAAGUUAUGAACAUUUAGAACACCACUCAAAGCCUUGCCUUCUUUACAUGGGGUUGUUUCCAGAAGAUUGCAAAAUUUCGGUGUCUGAUUUGCUGAAGUUGUGGAUGGCUGAAGAGUUUGUGCUGAACAUUGACAAAGAGAAUGUGGAGGAAGCAUCUAGAAUUUGCUUUAAUGAUCUACUUAAUAGAAGCCUAGUAAUGGUUUCUGAGAGGAAAAUUAAUGGUGACGUAGAAUAAUGCACAAUUCAUGAU